GAAGAAGGAACAACUCUAAAAAGGAAGAUGCCACAAGUGAAAACAACUCCGAGAAAGCCAGGUUUGGUGUGUCCGCUGUGUUGCGAGAGACUUCCAUCAGAUGAAGAGUGGAAAGCGCACUUGGUGAUCUGCGGAACCAAUGCAAGAGAAAAGAAGAAGUUUGAGUGUAAUGAGUGUAACUUUGUCACGGAGAAGAAUGUUUGUCUGAAGAGACACAAGGAGAGGAAGCACCCAGUACGAGAAGACUCGUUGGAUGAACAUGAUCCAGGGAAUGUGUUAGAUAUCCUAGGGGAAAUAUCUGAGGACGAUCCAGAACCUGCAUCUAAGACAUCUAAGAUGGAAGAAAUGAUUACUGUGAGAAAACCCUGUCGUCCGAACCCUGUAUAUACACCAAAGAGACCUAACAUUCCACAAGAUUCUGCACGUGUUUCGAGUAUUGCUGUGAAAUCCGUCACAGGUAGUGUACGUGAACCAGGACUACAGACCAGAGAUACAGGGACACAGUUAGGCAAUGUAAAGACAUUUGUGGAUGCAGCUGUCCAGGUGAACUUUUCAAACCACAGGAGAACCAUAAAGACAACGACAUCGUACACGGAGAAUGGGAAGUCUGUUGUCAAGGUUGAGGAAGAAGAAUGGUUCGACUGAGUGAUUCAAAGACAUUUACAAAACAAAACAAAAAUAUACAUUUGCUCUUUUACUUACUGUGAAUGCGGGACGCAUUGAAUCAGAGGCGUGGGUAAUGAAGCGGUUGAUUCUUUGUUAAUUACAUUGUUCAAUAAAUGAUCGUUAGUAUAGACUUGCUUUAGUUAUUUCUUUGUAAUUAGGAAGUAAGAGUAGUUUUGAUUGGCUAAUGAAAGAAGGCAUUUCAUUGGAUGGCUAGGUAUAUAAAUAGAGGUUCCAUCAGAUGAAAAGCUUCUCUUGCUCUGGCGGUCGAAGAAGAAGGAACAACUCUAAAAAGGUAAUCAGUGACCAAGCUGUAUAAGUUUGGGCCUAGCUGCAUAAGCUAGGGUUCCACUGUAUUCCUUUAUAGUACAUGGUCAAAAUAAAUUGUGUUACAGUAUAGUGUGCAUAGUCACAGGGUAUCACAGUACAGGGCGACGUACUGUUGAUACAGGGUGUCAGGUACCAAGACACAGGGUUUACCAAGGCAUAGGUUUUAUAGUGGCUAGCUAUAGGGUGACUUGGUCAAACGGCAGUC